UAGAGUACCGUUCGUUGUCGUCGUGUCCCAGACUUUGGCCUGUACUCUGGCUCAGACAUUGUCCCAUACCGGUCAAAUCUCUGACAUUCUGUAACUUGAAAUAAUGCACGUUCGUGCCGAAGUGCUGUUUUUCCUCGCCACCGAUCUUCGGACAUGCGAGGUCAAGUUGUCGUGGGCUUCUUCGCCGCGGCGAAGUGGAAGCUUGUGUCGACCAGAAAGCAGACAAUAUAUAAUUAGGGAUUGGACUGAAGGUCAGCGUAUUGAUAUCCACUCACUCAUGUGUUCGCAGGAUUCAAAUUCGGAACCGUUGAUGGGCUGCGCUUCUGAGUCAGUUAAUGUCCGCAUCCUCGCCGAUGCUGACAAGGUAUGUGCUCAUACGCAUCACAUCGUGCCACGUAAGCUUCGUAAUUUGGACGCUAUACUUUCAGGACUGGGUAUUACGGACCUACAGUGAUCCUGAAAUUGGAGGUAGAGCUCACGUAUCCGUGAUCAUUUUACAACUUCUGGGCAUCCUUUUCGGAUUACCAUCUAGACUCGGAAGGAACAUGACCAUAUGGACAACUAUCUUCCUUCUGAUGAGGUCCGGCAGGCUAGAUACCCCAUGAUCGUCGCUCUUCUUACAGUAUCACUUACACACUAUUGCGUCCAUUUUGCAUCCGAAUCAUUCCUUCAAAUGGGUGCAAGACAAUCCUGAAUUAUAGAAGAAUGAACGUUGAAAACUGCUAUCUAAUUCAUCGAUUAAUACGAUGGCCAAGGUUGGCAAUUCGACUUCUCAGCAGCACUCACUAUGGCCCGCGAUGGUCGCGUGAAUGAAAAUCUGACCAUAACUUUCGGCCGCCCUUGACAGAUGAGGUAUAUAACUAAGCUUACAACUCAAAGGCCCUUGGCCCUUUGUCGGAAUGCUGUCUACCAGGAAA